AUGCCGCCAAAAAAGCAGAAGGAGAAGGCCGAGAAGCGACCGGAAGAAUUGGUGCGUGAACUUACGCACAAACUUGGCAUGAUGCAGGCAAAACUGGACACCGUAUCACUGCGUGAAGUUGUGAAUAAUAGCGUUCGGAAAAAGCUUACCGAUGAAAAUAUUCAAGCCUCUAGACGGGUCGCCGAAAUGCGAGAAAACCUUGAGAUGAAUCAGGUGGAGGCGAAACUGGCAACGUCCUGUGUUAACACGCAAUACAAGCUUCUGCAACGCCUGUUCAUUUUGCGUGUCAGAGAAUCUCGAGAAAUUAUCACACGUUUGAAGAAGGAGCAUUCAGCCGUUAAAGCCCUGCUCGAAUACCAGAUCGCUACAAAGGAGAAGGAAUUGGCCGAAAAAACGGCUACUAUAGAAAAACUCGAAAAACACCUGAAUUCACUUCACUUUCAGCUAGAACGUGUUGUCUUGGAAAUGGUGGAUAAAAUUGAAAAGGGAUUAGAGGCCGACCGGAAUAGGUGGACAUAUGAGGCCGACCAUUUUCACGAGGAAUCUAAAAUGAUUAUGAAAAAGUGUGGCUUCGGUAAAGAAUUUCUUUGA